AUGUAUAAACCGCCGAAAUGCUUUGAUGCAACACCAAUGCCACGACUAACUCGCUUAUGUCCGGUUCGUAUUGUCUUUCCCACCGACUUUCAACACGAACUUGAUGAUACCCUGUCCGCUUUGCGUGACAUUACUGGAUUAAGUCAAGAUGUGCAAUUGAAGAUUCUCCAGACAUUGCCGGCUUUACUCCAUAACUACUCUGAUGCAUUGAGUGGGGAGCCCCUUGCACGUCUUUUGGAAGUAUGCGCCACAUUACAAGCUAGCAAGGUUGCUGCAGUAUCCAAUACUGCAGCGGCCACAUUGCAGCAGCUCAUCAGCUCGGCGUUUGAGAAAGUAUCAGUUGAAGAUGGUAAGAAGCUUGAAGAGUACCGUGUGUUGAAAACAGAUGCUCACCAAGGGUAUUGCUCUACCACAGGAGACCCUCAAAGUUCGGUUACCACCCAGGUGUUGGUUGGUGAAUCAACCAUCGACAUUGGUAUUGCUGCGCAUGAUGCUCUCCAGAUUUUGCGCGACCUCUGCCGAUUUACUGAAGGCGAAAAGCCGGAGUACCUCCACAUAAAGACUCUUCCAUCCAAUUUUGUCCUCGAGCUUAUCGAGAGCAUCUUGGUGAAUAACAUUAAGCUCUUUCGAAGCCAUUCGGAGCAGAUGCAAUUAUUACAAACCCGCCUUUUGCCUUUGACAAUGAAAUUUCUCUCACAAAGACACGGGUUUGCUCAGACUCUACGCAUUACUAGAAUACUAUUAGUACUUCUACGUAACUUCACGAGUCUACUGCCGAACGAAUGUGAGAUUGCUCUAGGGCUUAUGAUUCAUCUUUUGGAGCCCGGAGUAUCAACAGAGUGGAAACGAGUUCUUUGCAUGGAAGCCUUUCGUAGCCUUCAUUCCGAACCUGGUUUAGUAAGGUUAAUUUACUCACUCUUCGAUGAAGCACAGGGAAGAAAGAAUAUCGUGAAGGACCAUAUGGAGUCACUCUUCAAAAUAGCUUCUGAGAAACCAUCCCUAAUAGGCGUCAGUCAUCAGUCAACAAUACCUUCGGAUGACUCACGAUCUAGGUCGAACACAGACGAUCAAAUUGCACUCGAGGCUGGAGGCGUUGCUGGAGUCAUUGCCGCUGCGGUGAAUUCUGCAGACGAAAGUGUUACCGGAAUCAGCACUCAAUGGAGUACGGUCAGAACCCCGUAUCUUGAACUUCUCGAUAAAUCAGAAGCGCCACCUCCUCCAGAAACAUAUAUUUACAGCCUGGUUCUGAACUGCCUCAGCGCGCUGUCCGAAGGCCUUGCCAGAUUUAUUAUCCCGCUGACAGUGACUGAGUCGAAGAGCAAGCGAAGAAGAAGGAUUGAUGGAGGUUCUACUGAAGCUUCUCGCGGACUACACAGAUCAGACUCAACUAAAUCAACUGGGUCUGAAUCCAGGAGACAGACAGUCCCUCUCAACCCAUUAGAUUUACGGGAUCAUCCGCAGAGUUCUGCCAUAAAAUCCAGCGCCGGAAUCACUGAAUCAUGCUGGCCUGUAAUUUUGGCAACGUGCUCUGUUUUCUUCUACGCGGCAUUAGACGCAGACUUUUAUCACAAUCUCGUCCGGUCCUUUCAGAAAUUGACCCAUGUAGCUGGUCUUCUCCGCCAGAGCGCAGCACGAGAUGCAUUUCUAUCCACCCUGGGAAAAGCCACUCUCCCGGUGGAUGAUUUGAGCACUCGUUCUAUCAGCACGAACACGCUCCAUUCAGAUACUUCAGAAGCGGGGCUCACUGAUCAAUCUCUAAACCCGCAUUUUGAGACACCAAAAGCGUCGUUUGAAGUUGCAAGGGCAUCAUUAAGCACGCGAAAUCUUCUCUGCCUCCGAGCUUUGUUAAAUCUUGGAAUUGCUCUAGGGCCAACGUUGGAUUGCGCAGCAUGGUCUAUCAUUCUGGAGACUUUACAGAAUGCAGAUUUGGUAAUUAAUGCCUCUGCUAAACAGACAUCGAAUGCUGGAAAUAGCGAUCAUAUCACACAGAGUGGUGGUACCGAUGUUCCCAGGGGUAAUAUCGCAAAUGAAAUACUUGCUGUCUCAACAGCUGCGUCAAAAAUGUUUGAAAGCACUGCGGAAUAUCCCGACACAUCAUUUCAAGCAAUACUUGAGGCGCUUUUAGGUUUGCUGUCAGCCAAGGGACGAGCGUUGUUGCCAGCAUCACUAUCUCCCACAAAAUCCUCGGCUAACCAGCCUAUGGGAAAUUCCAGAUUGCAGGAUGAUGAAAUAAACCUCGCACUCGAUAGAACAAAAGAACUCUGCGAAGCGAAUAUUGAACGUCUAUCGACCGUGGGACAAGACGAAGAUGUUGCUUGGAGCGUCAUGAAUCUGAAACUGAAAUUGAUCAUAACAAACAGCACAUAUAGUCGAAGUCUUCGCUUGAAAGCGAGCAGUAUAUUGAAUUAUAUCAUCCUGCAGACUAUGAAGAACGGGUGGUUUGAAGAAGAUUCUCGGAACGUUCUGCAACUCAGGAACCUCCAUUCUCUACAAUCACAAAUCUCAUCGCUCUAUAUGCAACGAGAUAAGCAAGUCACUGUGGACAUGGAGGCUCAUGGGCAAGCCUUAGAUACUUUGAAAGCCAUGUUGGAGCAAUAUGGGGAGGCUUUCACAUCCGGCUGGGACCUAAUUUUCGAAUUGAUCUCUAGUGUCUUUGAGAAUACAACUCCGGAAACUGAGGAAGGGCAAGAAUCAAAAGACGCAAGGAGAAAGUCCUUGUCAAGAGCCCGAGAUUUCAAAGCUAGGUCUCCACGUCUUGUGCGAGCAUCGUAUAGCUCAUUGCAACUCAUUGCUUCUGACUUCCUCACCUUGCUUCCGCCGUCAUGUCUGCUCGAACUAGUUGAUUCAUUGUCAUUCUUCGCAUCACAAAAUCAGGACUUCAACAUCUCUUUGACCACUACAACAUUCUUCUGGAAUGUGUCGGACUUUCUUCAAGGCCAAGUUGGCAAAUUUUCUAUUGAGGAUUGCAUGGAUACAUCCAUAAGCGAAGACUCUCUCGCAGCUUUGACCGAUGAUGCUGACUUAUCAACGUCCAGAGGAGCGCUGUGGUUGAUUCUGCUUCUCCGCAUCGUUGAUCUCACCAUAGAUGAUAGGUCUGGUAUUCGCAACAGUGCAAUUCAUACACUUCUGAGGAUUUUAGAUGCAUAUGGUCCACAACUCUCCCCCAAAGCAUGGCAUCUUUGCCUCAAUCGUGUCCUCUUUGUCAUGAUGGAAGAUGUUCAAAACAAAGUUCUUGCGACGGAAAGUCUUGCACGUGAAGGAACAGACCAAGCGAAAGAAUGGAUCGAAACAUCUGUGGUAGUAAUCAAGGGCAGUGCUGAUUUAAUUACGACGUUUUUCGAUACAAUUGUCCAAGACAAGAGAUUUGAUGACUCUUGGAAACGAUUGCUCGAAUGUUGCCAAAAUUUGGUUCGCAUCAACACUAAUGGGAUCAAGGAAGCCAUAUAUGCCAGCCUGUGUGACAUUAUGAAGCAUGAAAAAUCUUCCAGUGGUUUCAGCAGAGAAGCGAUACGAUGUGCAUGGUUUUUGUGGGUCAACAACCACCUCGCUCUUGAAGAGAAGACUUUGAAUCUGGAAGAACCUAAUCAGGACGCCCUUGUUGCCUAUUUCCGGUUUUUCCAGCAGAUAUAUCGGUUAUACAGGGGUGACCUCUCACAAGAACAAGUUGUCCAGGUAUUACAACACAUGCGCGCGGCGGUCUGGAACUCUGUGAUCUCGAGGUAUUCGGUUGAUGUCGACCAUCAAUCGACUCUCCAGGAACUGAUCCUUGAUUGCAUCAAAGUUCUUUGCCUUGAUAAGGACGAAUCACAGUCUGCCAUUGUAAUGUGCCUUGCAGAUUUCAGCGAUGCUGCUCUGACGCAUUGGACGGCGGACAGAGACAAGAGUCGCCCCUCGUUUGUGGCUUUUUCAAAGGGUGCAAUUGACCUUCUAAGUUGGUAUAUUGCCGAACAUGGCAUCAAGGCGGACAUAUUCUCGGACGGAACCUUGGCAUCUGUACUGCAACAUCUAGCUCACCCUAUCGCUCGAAAAUAUGAGUGGCGUGGCAAGGACCGUGAGCAGUUGAUAUGGCAGAAAGUCACGACAUCCGCUAUCAAAAUCAUUCGUGUUGCCGUACCAUACGUGGAAAGCAAGUAUACUGUAUGCGAGAAGUCGAAUAUUGUUUCGUUUUGGACCAAUGUUAUUGAGAUCACUCGCGGGAUCAUUCUUGCGAGUAAUUAUGAUGAUUUUGGUUUAUCAACAUCGAGAAUCGCGGCCGACGAAGAUUUUGAUAUGGAUGCUUUCCACACACUCGUGCCACUUCUGAUUCCGUCAUUGGGCUCGAACAAUAUACCUGACAGUAUUCGACGGGAUUUUUCAUGUGCUCUUUUCCAGUCCUCACUUAUCUACCUUCCGCAGCCAAUGGACACCCCUAUUGAAACGCUACUAGACAACCCGCUUCAUGAUUUGUACAAAGUUCGUCGCGGGAGGACCUAUGACCCGGUGCCCACGGCAAGAUCCCGCAUAGCAUACGUUCUCAUCGACACCAUGUUCGCACUUGCCCAAGCCUCCUCAUUAUCUGCUUCGACGGAGACCGGAGCAGAAAUGAGAGAAAAUCCAAACAAUACAGCAUCUUGCAUAGCUCUCGCGCGCUCAAUCCUGCCCUAUCUAAUUCUUCGAUCUUUCCUUCCGCUCAAAUCAUACAUCGCCGACCAGCCUUUACGUGGACUACUACCGCAACCGGCACCCGCGCAUCGCGAACUCGUACACAUCCUCGACCAGCUUUUCAACCUCCGAAGCGAGCCUGCAGCAAUACCGGAUGCACCCAGUGGAGUCGUUACUACUACCAGUAUCCCCACCGAAGCUCACCAUUCGCAUCACCGUGCCUCUUCGAAUCGCCACGAGUCUCAUCUGGUAUACAGCAAGCAUUUGGGCUGGGUCUAUCCACUUAUCGUGAAAUGUGUCCAAGUAGCCGGGAAACAGAAAGGCAGAGGAAACAAUGAUGUCGUAGUGUUGAAACAUUUGAGCAAAAUUCUGGAUGCGGUGUGUGACAACGACAAUGGAGAUGGGGAAGACGACUAG